AUGGCUCAUCUCCAGAGAGAUGAGCAGCCACGAGGUCGCUACCGAUCUCGUGGAGUCGCUGUCCCGGUUGCCAAUAAGGACAUACGCAAGUAUGUCCUCGAGAGUUACUCGGCUGCUGAUGAGGGUUGGACUUCUAAACCAGAGAUCCCUGCCUCGGACGAAGUCAUGGGAAUGUCCGGGGAUGCAGAGGAUGAAGAUGUGAUUCCUCUGAUGCCGAACCAGAUCGCUGGUCCCUGGCCAUCCAGGGAGGCAUACCUCAGUGCACACUACGAGCUGCUGAGAGAAGAAUCCCUGGCGCCCCUCAGGGAUGCAGUUGCCUAUGUGAGGGAGAAUCCAUUGAUGAUGGAUUCUAAGGAAGUCUGCAUCUAUGAGAAGGUUCACAUCAUUGGCGUCACUUUCGCUCCGAAGGGAGUAGCCGCCAGGCUACAAUUCUCGACUGCACGAGCCGGCAAAAACAUCGUCUGGGAAUAUUCCAGACGGUUGAUGAGCGGUUCAAUUGUCGCCCUCUCUCCGGUUCAGGACCACUUCAAAUCCAAAUGCGUCGUCGCUGUGGUUGCUGCCAGGCCGCUCGAGCAGGUCAAGCAACAGCCACAUCAAGUCGAUAUCUUUUUCGCUCGUGUUGAAGAUGCGCAGUUUGACGUUCAGCAAGAAUGGAUCAUGGUGGAGCCAAGGACAGGCUAUUAUGAAUCAGUCCGAUACACCAUGACCGCUCUUCAGAGGAUGACCAACGAAAGGUUCCCUUUGGUUGAACAUAUCUGCAAUCUCAAAGCCACGAUAGAUGCUCCAGAAUACGUCAAAGAAAAUCCAGUUGUUGAUCUUUCUCCUGUGCUGGGCUCCGACGCACCUUGCAAUAACAUUGAUGUGCUCUCAGACUGGCCAGAACCACCAUCAGACGGUCUAGAUGCAUCACAAUGGGAGGCACUUCGUCAGAUUUUGACCAAGCGCCUGGCUAUCGUUCAAGGACCUCCCGGUACGGGGAAGACUCAUGUAUCGGUGGCUGCGUUGAAGGUCUUACUUUCCAACAUGAAAGUCGGAGACCCUCCAAUCAUAAUAGCCGCUCAGACCAAUCAUGCCCUUGACCAAUUGAUCAACCACGUUUCUCUCUUUGAGAAAAACUACGUUCGUCUUGGCGGAAGAAGCGCAGAUCCUGAGAUCAGGAAGCGUACGCUGUUCGAGAUCCGACAGAAAAAUCCAACGCCGAGCCUGAGUGGUGGUCUUCUUGCACCUGCUAGGAAAGACCUCCAGAACCAUAUUGAAUCUAUUACCAAGCUUCUUCAGCCUUUUAAGGCUGAGAAUUCUUCUAGUCCACUUCCUGCUUCGUUUUUUCUCGAGUACGGCGUGUUGACACCAGCCCAAUGCGACUCGUUGCGAGAAGGUGCAAAAGGUUGGAUAGGUUCUGGCCUUGGGCAUACAGAGGAUCCUAUGGCCACCUGGCUUGGCGAUGGUCUGGUGAAAUUCGAUGUCGUUUACAAAGAGGAAAGCUUCGGCUUUGAGGAGGAAGAUAUCGACUUGGAAUACGAACAGCUCAAAGAACUGGAAGCUGAAAGAGGCUUUGAAGACGACCUUGAAGCCCUCAAAGGCUUUCAUAUGCCAUUGAAAGAAGGCUUUGUUGGUCAAAGCAGUCCGUCCACCUCAGAGAAAGUCAUCCUCGAGACUCAUCUCAAGCGCCGUGAUUUGUGGCAAAUACCAGCUAAGAUUCGAGGCGCUGUUUACAAUGUUCUUUGCAAACUGGCUAAAGGAAAGGUUCUUGAGGCCUACCAGCGGCUAUUAAGAUGCUAUGAAAAGUCAAGCGUUGAGUUGCAGAUUGGAAAAUGGGAGAGAGACCUUGUUACACUUCAAGGUGCCAAAUUGAUUGGAAUGACAACGACUGGCUUGAGCAAGUACCGCACUCUUGUCUCUUGUCUCAAGCCACGAAUCAUCAUGAUCGAAGAAGCGGCAGAGGUUAUCGAGGCGCCGGUUGUUGUCUCCUGUGUUGAAUCUCUCCAGCAUCUCAUUCUUGUCGGCGAUCAUAAACAACUGCAAGGGCAUUGCCAUGUCCGUGACUUGGAAGGGGAGCCAUUCUUUCUCAACGUGUCUAUGUUCGAAAGACUCGUCCAUAAUGGCAUUGAAUUCAAAAGUCUCACGAUGCAAAGGCGAAUGGCUCCCGAGAUUCGACGACUGCUUACUCCCAUUUACGAAAACCUUACAGACCAUUCUUCGGUUGAGAAAUAUCCCAAAGUGCCUGGAAUGGGAGACAUCCGAUCUUUCUUCUUCUGUCACACAUGGCCGGAGAGCUCUGACAGUCUUGCAUCGAAGUAUAACCCCAAUGAGGCGCAGAUGAUCGUUGGCUUCUUCUUACAUCUGGUCUUCAAUGGUAUCCCCGUCAGCGACAUUACCAUACUGACCUUCUACAACGGCCAACGAAAGAAGUUGUUGAAACUAUUAAAAGAUAAUCGCUAUCUCCAAGGCCAGUACGUGAAGGUGGUGACCGUUGACUCUUACCAAGGCGAAGAGAACGAGGUGGUCAUACUUUCGCUUGUCAGAAGCAGCGAGGAAAACCAGAUCGGAUUUCUUUCUGUCGAGAACAGGGUCUGCGUGGCCAUGUCCCGAGCGAGACGCGGACUUUAUAUCUUCGGCAAUGGGCAAGCGUUGGCACAUGCGGACCCCUUGUGGUGGCAGAUCAUUAAGAUCAUGGGUAAUGACGAUAAUGAUCGCAGGCGGCUUGGUUUUCAUCUGCCGUUGACAUGCGGCAAGCAUGGAAAGACGACUUUUGUUCAAGUCAAAGAGAAUAAACCGAAUCCUGCUCCGAUUGUACUCUCGGAGAAGCUGCGAGAUGAUGCAAAACACGCUAGAUUCAUCCAAAGCUACAAAGACUUUGCGAACGGCGGGGCGAAGAAACACGAUGCUUUGCUCGCCGAGAAGGCCAAUGCUCUGGCUCUCGAAGAGAUGCAGAAACACCUUGAUCAGGAAGCCUGGAAAGACCUGUUUGGAGAUGAACCUGCAGAGGAAGAGGUAGAAACAAAGCCAAUGCUCGCCGUCACCGACAGUCCCGUGGGCAAGGGCGGUACUAGAGAGCGCUACGUGAAUUAUUUCAAUCCGGAUACAAGCCCGAAAAGUAGAGCGACAGAUGAUCGUCCAGUGGUCAGUCUUCUUGAUGACGGUGAGUGA